GGUUUGGGAAUUUCAAAAGAGAAGAGCGUGUUUUCUAAUUGGAGCAACAAGACACUCGUAAACUGUCUUUCACAGUAACCGGAUGAGCAGCUCGAGAAGCGCCAAAUACAAAUAUGUAAACAUCAACACAUCCAUCCGGCGUGCAAAAUCCAGCUAGUAAUCAAGAUGGCGGCGCCCACGGACGGGCAACACGAAGACAAAAGAAGCAACGUUGAUGACGAUUAUUAUGCAACGCUCAAUGUUUCACGAACGGCGACGGCAGAGGAGAUUACGGCUGCCUUCCGGAUGCUUAGCCGCGUCUACCAUCCCGAUAAGCACUUGAACGACCGAGACAAACAAAAUGCCGAGGUGCUAUUCAACCAGAUACGACAUGCACACGACGUGUUGGCGGACCCUCAACGACGGGCAAUUUAUGAUACGCUCGGCUCAGCGGGACUCGAGCAGAGCGGGUGGCAAAUUACGUUACGGACUAAAACUGCCCAGGAGAUUCGGGAAGAGUACGAACGGUUGGCCAGACAACAGGAGGAACGACGUCUCCAACAGCGCACGAACCCCACAGGACUCAUUUCGAUGGAGGUUGAUGCCACUGACAUGUUUGAUACGUUGUACGACGAAGAAGAUGACUACGAUUCUGAGGAGGCAAGCUUCUUCCCUCACCUUGAAAUGGGUACAAUGAUGAUCCGCCAAUCAGUGGAAGCCCCUCUGUCGGAAAUCGAUACGACGACGCUGUCGGGCACGUUGCUAACGAAAAACGGACGCGGCUACGGGACGUUAGCGGCCAGCUGGCGUCACAUAUUUUCGAAUACGCUAUGGAUGGAGCUGACAGCAGGCAUGGGCAGCGCAUUCAGUGGGUCAGCUAAGGCCGUUAAGACGUUCGAUUCGAAACAUUUUAUAACAGCUCAAGUGGAUCUGCAGCCCAUGUCGCAAGAGCUUCAACCAGGGGUAUCGAUGGUUUUGGCCCGCCAGCUAAGCGCACAUACAAUCGGCUACUUGACUUGGCGAGAGGGUUACCAGCAAAGCAUGACAGCGACGCUUGCCUGGUCCAGUAACAACACGCACAUCUCGUCUAAUUUGCAGAUCGGUGUUGUCGAUAGUUACGUUGGCAUAAGCUACGUACACAAAUUAUGGGAUACUACGAAACUACACUGUUCCGCGAAGCUAGGAACGAUUUUUAUGACAGUUACAUAUGGCUGUAAAACGAAGAUAUCUAAACUGAAUACGUUGGGUGCCUCGAUGACCGUUGGACACCCGCAAGGGGUUGUGCUCAAGGUUACGUUUAUUCGGGGUAAUCAAACCUUUGCGUUUCCUUUACAGUUAUCACAGAACGUUAAUCCAAGUGCAAUCUUAUAUGGCAGUGUGGUGCCACUCAUCAUUUACUUUGUAAUUAACAAAUUCGCCGUUGAGCCUUAUUACGCUAGCCAGAAGAAGGCAGAGGCCGCAAAGCUUCGUGAAGCGAAUCGCCAAAAGGUAGCUGAGCAGCGAAAGAAUGCAGAAGCAUCGAUUUCUUUAAUGAGGGAAACGUACCAGAGAAAUUAUUCAACGGAAGAGAAUCGUUCGGGUUUGAUUAUUGUGUAUGCAGAAUACGGAUCAGCUGAGGAGUUAAAUAUAGGGUCUUCCUCACCGGACGCCCGAUCUUACGGAAAUUCAGUAUCGAGGGAGGUCGUUUCGGUUACAAUACCACUUCAAGUGCUUGCAACUAACUCACGGCUCGUUCUAGGUGAUACUUCAAAGGCAAAUCUUCCCGGUUUCUAUGAUCCAUGUCCGGGAGAGGAAAAAGUCCUUCGAAUUCGAUAUAAAUACCGAAAUAAGUUAUAUGAAGUUACAAUAAAGGACACGGAAUCACUCCGAAUUCCAAUGGAAAAACAUCUUCUACGCGUCACCUAGAUUCAUCAUUUGCUGAAUAGUUUUAUAUUUCAACGGACGCUAGUUAACAAUCUCGAAACACAAUAGAAAAUACAAUAAUCAAGAUAGAUAUUAUUAGUGAAUAGAUGUUUGAAAAAUGAUUUUAGUAUUAAGCGAAAUCGCUCCUUCUCCGCCAGCUAUCUUGACAACCUGUGUGGUACUUUAAUUAUUAUUACGAUUAUUAGUUUUAGUUUUUGUUAUUGGUAGUGUUACAAUAAUGAGGUUGUCGGUACAUAAUGAAACACGUAAUCUACCAUGAUAAAUCUGGAGCACAAAAACAAACAUACCCAACAAAUGCACAUGUUCGAUUAUGUUAUAUUAAUAUUGCCUCAGGAAAUACUACAUUUCGUUAAAAUGUUUACGGAAGUGUUAUGGCAUAAUGAUGUGACCGCUUAGAAAUUUCGCUUUCUAUAUUUCUAUACUAGGCAAAUGGUUAGGUGAAAAUUCACCGUAGCCACUUCCGGAAAUCAUUAAAUCAGAAUAUUUUGCCUACGAGGAAGGCACCUUAUAGCGGCUAGAGUACAAACAUCUGCCGAAUUAUUUGAUCUAACUGUUGAAGAUCACUGCCAUCAAGUUGAUUCUGUCAUAGCACUUCAUGUUUUGGGAAGUUAAUAAUGUUUGGAGAAGCUAGGGACCAGGAAAGCGGAUGUUCGCCAUACUUAUAGUCGGCGCGUGUUGUAUUAGACCGAGUGUAACAUAAAGAGGAACUGACGGCGAUUGAUGCUGGUUCGUACGUCUAGAACAUGCCAUGAGUAUCAGGAGUAAACGUUGAAAAAAACAGAACGGAUUAUGAACUUGAGUGUCUGUGCAUUGUAACGAAACACCUAUGGCGCGAAUUCUUAACAGCGUCUUUCAGUAUAUUUAACAAAGGCAAAUGUGGAUGCCGUGAAUGAAAGGAAAAUAUGAAAAGUUCUUCGAAAAUACUUACAAUCAAGUUAAAUAAGCAUCUUCAAGGAUCAAGGUUCCUCUGCAAUUCUCGAUAAGUUUACCAUACGAGUUAAAAUCAUUUGUUGUAUGCGUAAGGAAGUUAGUCUAUUGGUUCGAUACAAUUCUUAGACAUUUGAACAAACUGUCCUGGCGACAUUUUAGUUCGUAGUUUUCUCUCCACUUUCUUCGCAUGCUCGAUUUCAGGUGAUGUAUUUCGAGAAACUGCUUCAGUAGGGGUUUCGUACUUGAGGUAGAAAGGGGAGCAGUUAUGGAAAUCCUACGUAGCUUUUAUCAUUCAACUGAGCCUUGUAUGUUGAUACAAAUGGACACAGAAAAAAAUACUGGGAAGUAAUAGACUGGUUUAGCAAAAUUAAGUAAGAAAGUAGCUUUGAACGAACACUCGUUGGUAAAUGUAUUGUGAGCAAAUUAUUGUCACCAAGACUAAACUGAUUGAAGUAAAUGAGGGCAUACAUUAUUAUUAAAACAGUUGUUUUUUUUACUUAGGGUGAAUAAUUUGUUUGUAGCUAAGAUUACGCAGUUGAGGUGUUUUACCCAACACAUUAUGUUGGCAGAUAUUUCGAGGCACAUGUUGACAUUGUUGUCUGCUUUGUCGAUUUAAUUGCUCGUUAAUUUUCAUAAUAACAUAAAUAGGAAAGUUUAAACGCAGUUCUUUUAAGUUCCUCACCAAACUUGCUAUAGGAAGAUAGGCUGACUUGCAUUGGCAUGCACCUCAUCAGCGUUCAAAAUGAUACGUUCUGUUAAAGUAUGAUCCUUUUCCAAAACUAACUAAUUAAAUGGUAAUCUUGUUUCAUUUGACUCUAAAGGCAAUACUCAGAAGAACCUGAUGUGUAGAUGGAACUACUCAACAGACGCUAAUGCAUCCUUUGAGUAGUUCCAAGUACUAGGCCAAGUUGAUAAAGUUUGACACUAAUUUCUAAUUUUUUAUAGUUUGCCUCAGAAACGAGUUUCUCAAACGCUAUAUAACAAAGGUUUAUCAUUUUUUUUUUCAAAAUAGUAAGGGACUCACCUCAAAUAGAAUAUACAGGACAAUACUCUUUAUAAGUUGACCAUUUACUGUCCUAUAUUGGUGCAGAGCAUCUUUUAUUUAAUUAAUCUCGAUUUGUAAUCAAAAACCUGCCCUUAAAAUGCCAAGAUCUUUUGCGUAAUCGCGAUAUUAGAAAUUGGAAACGAAUAACACAAAAACUAUCUGAACAAGCAGAAUUAAAUAUAUAUAUAUAUAAUUCUACAUUUUACUUUUCAAACUCCAAUUGAUGAAAGAGCCAGCGCCAGGAUUAUUAGCUGAGAUCACCCAGCUUUAAACAUAUUCGACAGAAAAAAGGUUUUUGAUAUCUACCAUCAUUUGAGUUAAGCAUACUCGGCAGUAGGCUAAUUGCUUCUAGUGUACCUCAUACUUUUAUUACAUUAACCCUGUAUUAACUAAUAAGCAGGCAAUAUGUACUAAUUACUUACUACAUUUAACUUUAUUUACUAUUGUUUUUAUCCACCAAAGAUGUAAAGUCGCCGCGCCGCCAAUGCUGUAUUUGGCAUUUCAUUAUGCGGCACCUCGAAAGGCCGAUAUUGAAAUGAAUCGUCGUUUUAGCCUAAUUUUAAGCUAUACUAUAUUGUGAGUAUAAACGACCUAUCCACUUUUCUUACGAUCAAACACGAGGCUUCGUUUAUUUUUUUCACUCACUUUUUGAAUAAAUAUAUAUAGUAAUAUUAUUAAUUAGCAACAGACGUAAUCGUCAAUAACCACUGUUGUUAUAUUCAUCCUGAUGUUCUUUGUUAGAAUAAUUAUUAUAAUUAUAGAGUGUAGAUAUUCUACUGAAUUGAUUCGUGCACAUAAAAAAAUGUUCAAUACUCAUCUAAGGUUAUUAUUAUUUCCACUCGAUUUACAAAUACGAUAAUAUUUAUUAAAUUCAUUAUCUUAUCAUUCUCAUCAUUCCCGUUAAUUUUUUAUUAAUGUUUAUGUUAUUAUUGGUAUGGGCUUACUUAAUGAUAAUGCUCAAUUAACACGUUACGAUAUUUCGUUAUCUGUAUAAUUCAUAUUAAUAAAGACGAAUAAUUAUGAUCAUAAUUGCAAUUAUUAGAAUUAUUAUAAUCGAUAUCUUUAACAUCAAUAUGAGACGACACAAUUCGUUUCGUUACGGUAUGUUGUAAACAGACAUUUUAUAUAUAUAUAUAUAUAUAACAUCCGCACGCAUACACAAAAUAACGCUCAUAUAAUACAAGUAGAUAUGUAUGUACGAUUCUGCAACGAUAUUUGAAUUUACUAUCCACACGGUUGUAGGUCAUUGAUUGGACAUCAAAAUGCAAAAGGCCGCCAUUUAUAUGAACAUGAAAUAUAUGAGCUCAGAGUGAAGUCUGUAUUUUAUAUGACAAAAAGAAAUGAAGAACACGCAACCCUGUUUAAAGCGACAACACCUGGUGACGACCGUGCCUUGAUUGAACCCAAUUUUACAAUGCCAUUUUGCACCAAGGGAUUUUGUACUUGCUUUCGGUAGCGCUCUCUCUCUCUCCGUUCGCUCUUUCUCUUGCGACUGACUUAACCAUUCGCACGUCAGCAACAAAUAUUCAUAGAAUCGUGUAUCAAUCAUCUGUCAAAUAUGAAGAAAGAGACGGCUCAUAAAAUCCAAGAGAAAGAGAGUCACACUUACGUGUGGUUUAUGAAUUAUAUCUUAACUUGAUUACCUCUUUUUCUAACAGCAGCGUGCACGUGGGUGCAUUGUACUUAGUUUUCCACUGAAAUCGCCUGUUCAUGUAAACUCCUUUCUUCAGUGGGUGUGUUACAAAUCAAGGUACGGCAAGUGAAAAGCUCACUUCUCCCGCAGCAUAGGUGUCAGGUUAGUGCAAGCGGUACUAAUGACGGCAUCCGAACAACUAAACUUCGUUGCAACCCUGGUCCUCGACCCAAGUACACCUAAACGGUAUGAAACAGGCUAAAUUUGUACUAGGGUAACUUCGCGACUAGCGCUAAGCAGUUGACGUGUAAGGCGACUCAGUACUUUCUCCUGCUUCAUACAGCUUAAAUCCUUUCUCCUCUAACUUAAUGGUAACAUAUACCGAUCGGUACACUUCACUGGACACAUCGAAGUUUUGCAUGAGAAAAAUUAAAGAUGUUCAUUAUAAUUAAGCUGUUGAGCAUUCUAUUACUGAAUAGUUACCAUUUCGUGUCGCUGUCCAUCGGAUGGGGGUGCUGCCAAUAGUAAAUCGUAAAAAACAAAAAAUUUGACUAACCUGCACCUGGUUAAGCUAACCAGCAAUUAGCUUUGAUAAUGAAAUCGCCCACAACUCCAGCAAGUUACCUUGUAAAUUGAGUUGUCUUCAAGCAAAACACAAAAAAGGGGAGAAGUGGGAAAGUAGUUGUACCACUUACAAAGAGCUAAUUUCAUUUUACAGCUUAGGAAGUAUCACAGAGAAAUUAAGUUUUCUUUUCUCGACUUUGGUGAACGAUUGGCUGUCAAAAUGAGACAAUAAUGAUACUCUAUAUUAAAAUACAUCAACAAAUGUUUUAACAUUUUGCUCAGUUUUAACAGCCUUCAUCAUGUUUUACUCUAUUGCUUUUUAUUUCAUUGUCGAUAUAAUUUGUUUAUCGUCGUUGAAUGCCAUACGGUAAAUAUGAAACAGUCUCGCUGUGUUGUUAACUUAGAGCUUGAAUACGACAUACCAUUCAGAAUUGUCAAAUAUAGAAAGAUUUUUGCCUUUCCUAAGUUCAACACAAUUCGUGCUUGCCCCACCAUUUAUUACAACCGCACACUUGCUAUCGGUCAUUCUUCAACUCAACAUAUCUUCAGUAAUGCGCAACUUGAAAUAAUCGAACAGAUACGCAUGUGUCUUAUAAUAAUGCUACUAAUAAUAUAAAUGUCAUUGUAAUGGCAAAGUGGUACAAGAACUUUUUAGUAAUAAUAAUGAUUGUUUGUUCACCACGUUAUCUGGGCUGAAAUCGAUACAGCUCAGAUUGACCAGAGUUUUUCUGUUGUUGCUUUGAGAAGAUAUCCAUGUCACCUACACUCAUUCAUACACACAUACAUUCACACGCAUGCACCCACACACACAACAAAGUCCAACAGAUAUAAUCGAUGAUAAUGAUAAUGAUAUUAUUAGAAAUAUAGUUAACCUUAAUAGAGUGUGUAUAUAUUUAUCAGAUAGGUGCGGACUUAUAUUCUUUACACGGCAUAUAUAAAAAAUACGAGGAUCAUAGCAUUGAUGACAACAACGACGACGCUGAUAUCUAAAACAACAACAGUAGAGUAUCGGUAAUUUAGCACAAAUGCAUUGUUAUCUUGUUACAAUGAGACUGUCGCUGUAGAACGGGCCAUUGAAUCGAUUUGCCAGACAUAUUAGUUAAUGGCUUUUUAGUUUAGUUAAAGUUAACGCACACGAGGACCUUUCCACGCGAUCAAAAAAAGCUACGACUCAGAUAUGCAUGCAAUAAUACAUUUGAAAAUCGACCACAGUAAUUACAAGAAUAAUUCAAAAUGGUUUUAACAAAGAUGGGUCUUUGUACAAUUUUUUUACUCAAAUAUAUGAUAAUUAUCACCGCGACCGCAAAAAACAACGAGAAAAAUAAAACAUCUAUUAUUGUAGACUCUUGCAGAAGUCAUGAUUUUGAUUAUGAUAAAUGAUAGUGGCAUACUAAUUUUUCUAAGAAAAUUGCUCCGCCGUUGUUGCCGUUAUACGAUCUAGCGCUUUUGUUAAUGACAAUAUAAUAAUGAUUAUUUCUGCCGAAUCCGCUUAUUAUUUAUGUGUGUACGUUUAUUUACAAAACACAAUUACUGUAAAUUUCACCGCCCAUAUUUCAAAUUGAUUAAUAUUGAAUUCAUCAAUGGACCGGUUACCCGUUUAUGAACCGGUGAUUAUAUUUAUAUAGAACGAAAAAUAAAGUGGAACACUUACAAGUUAUAAAUAUAUCAUGUGCUGCGUAGUCUUCGUAUAAUAUGGGCCUUUUUGCACGACCUUCUAAUUAAAUAUGUCUUAGAAACACGGCUAUAAGUAGCCUACUUACUGGGUAGUAGUAACAAUAAUACAAAGAUAGAUAGCCUAUAUCACCUUGCAUACAGAUAUCCUGGACGUUAUGUACAUUC